GCAUUUGUAAUGCUUCUAGAUAUUAUGUCACAUCCAGUUAACGUGAUCAAUUAAUGAAGUUACUUCCAAAUUAUAUUCGUCUUCUAUGAUUACGGAAUCAAUAUAGUUGAGAAUAAGUGCGUCCAAAUUAUAGCAUUUUAGCGAAUAUGCAGAAAACGUACGAUUUAAUUCGCGAAUCAGUGUCGAAACUUUUCAAACGCAAAAAUAACAACACUUUUUGUCAAUUUUGGGUAAAGCACACAAAAGAGGAAGAAAUCCUACUCUUUGAAAAACGAUACCUAAAGAAAUUUUUACGUUUUCACAAAUUGUACAUAACGGGUAUGACGUUAGAGGAAAUGAGGGUAGCUAAACGAUUUCAGGAAGUCUCGAUGGAGCUGGACGAUUCUGCAGUCGAUGGUAGUUUUGGUUCGUUCUGCAGAAAACACUAUUGUUCUUGCUACAAUGAAAAUUCUAAACAUGUUCCGAAAACGGAUAUCCGUAUCGGAAACCGCACUACGCCUGACAAAACUGACGUAGUAGGACUAGUACACAAAGAUAACACGUUAAUUCCUUCUGCUGAAGAAUCAGCCAUAUCUAAUCAACCAACGAAAGAGCUGCCUGCGAGGUCUGAAAACACAGUGAUAUGGGAUCUUCCUCCACUUGAUCUUGACAUCGAUUUAGGUCCUUUCGUAAUCGACAAUUGUAAUGGCCCGAUAUACAUAUCCUUUGAGCAGCCAGAACCGUGAUAAAAA